AUGUCAAUGUCAAUGUGUAAAAUGAAAUUAUUAUCUAAAUUGUUAAUAAAGAAGAAAUCAAAGAAAAAUAAAACUUUGAUAAAUGACGACGAAGAAUUGAUGGACCAAAAAGUGGUCGUCCGAAAUAAAUCUUCAACACCAUCAAAACCAAGAACAAAUAGUACAAGCCCUACACCACUGCAUAAAAAGGAUUCAGUGAGUGAUGUCGACGACGAUGUAACAGCUCCAUCGGUAAUUUGCAUCAACAACUAUAAAGGACUGCAGAAAUUCGAUCGUAAAUGGGUCAGACAGACGCACAUCGAUCAAGAGCUGAUCGACAACAACUUCCAGGUGGUCGUACACAUUAUCAAUUUUCUCAGAAAGAAAGACUUGGUCUAUUAUAAAUACAUCGAACAAGGCGAGCAGAUCGCCCAAAUCAAGGAUGAAAUCAAAGAAGAGAUUCCAUCGGUGAUCAUCUCUACCGCUGGCAGCGGCGGUGGCAAUGGUAGCGGAGGCAACUCGCCAAAGCCGGCUUCAUCGAUCUACAACUCCUCGAAUCAAUCGUCGGACGAGGAGGACGACAAGUCAAACAUGGUUGGCAGUCAUUGCAGUGGCUCUGCCAUCAGCAAGCCAACACACACCGAUUCACUGCUACGGCCAAACCAACCAACCAACCAACCACAACAACAACACGGUGCCAUUGUAAAUACAAACACAGGCUCAGGGCCAUCGCUCUCCUUUAUAUAUCCUGAGCGAAAGAAGCGAAUCGAUUCCAACCGAAUAUUUGUAGCACCCGGUGUUUUCUACAAGUUUCCCGAGGAAUGGGAGAUUGCCGUUGCUACACUCCUCAAUGAAGGCGACCCAAAGAAUCAAUAUAAGAAUUUAGAUUUCGAGGCAAGAGGUGGUUUUGGCUCGGUUUUCGCAGCGAAAAACAAGAUUCCUCAUUGCGCAGACGACAAACAGGUGGUUGCACUGAAAAAGAUGCAGCAUGUAACACCAAAGCAGAUUAGAAUGAAUCUCAAUGAGAUCGGAUUCAUGCGAUUCUGUCAACACCCCAAUAUCGUAAAGUAUUUGGGCGCUUUUCAGCGUGGCGACGAGCUUUGGAUGAUCAUGGAAUUCUUGGAGGGUGGCUCACUUCGUGAGGCCACCAACAAUUUCAACUUUUGUGAAGCGCGUAUCGCUUAUAUUGCACGUGAGAUACUCAAAGGCAUUCAUUUUCUACACUCGAACCAACUUUGUCAUCGUGAUUUGAAGAGCUCAAACAUUAUGAUCAGUAUGAAAGGUGAGAUUAAACUGAUUGACUUUGGACUGGCCAUCGAUUUCUCACACGAAAAAGAAGAUAUUCACAUGUGUGGAUCGCCCUUCUGGAUGCCACCAGAACAACUCCACGGAAACCCACACUCUCUUCCAGCGGAUAUCUGGAGUUUCGGUGUCUGCAUUGCAGAGAUGAUCAACCGAAAGCUGCCAAACAGCAAUUCGCGACUCAAGGCAAUGAUCAAAGUGGCCAUCGAAGGCAUGGUCUUUACAAAAGAAGAUCAUCCCGAUUGGUCCGAUGAGGUACUCGAUUUUCUACGUUCAUGUCUACAGGUUGAUCCAUCAAAGAGAGCGACAACCACACAGCUCAUGGAGCAUCCAUUCCUCGCAAAGGCGUGUACACCAAAGGAGUUCAACGAAAUUUUGCCUCCUCUAUUCAUGUCGAACACUCUUGCAAGACAAGGUUUUAUUUUUAAUAAAAUAUUUUAA